AUGGUUCUGGACAUCGACGUCGACCACUACGAUGUUUUCAUGAAGUAUACUGGAGGUCUUGCCAACUACAUACGGAAAGAACUAAAAUUGUUCACCAUAGAUACUAUUGAAGAAGCUACUGUGAAGGCCAUCACCAUUGAGGUGAAAAAUAAAGGAACUGACAAGAAGGAUGACAUAUCAAAACCUGUCAACAAAACUGACUGGCAGAAAAAGGGGAAGCAGAGCAGGGAAGGUCAAAUACAGAAGGUCUACUGUGAUCACUGUCAAACCAGCAAACAAGCCAAAGACAAGUGUUGGAUACUCCAUUCUGAGUUGCGGCCAAAACGCGAGAAAAACAACCAGGGGAGAAAUGACAGAAAAGCCACCUUAACUGCACAAUAG